GGUCGUUGGUAGUUUUGAGUUUACAAGCGACAAGACAUUUCACUUGUUAAGCUGUAUCUGGGAUAAUAUCUUUUAAAAUCAUUAUUAUUUAUCAUGAAUACUGAAAGAACUGCGCUGCUCAAUAGUGAAGUCAAUUCUGGUCUCAGUAUUUUUUUUGCUACUCUUUGUAUUAUCGAUAUCUUUGGAGUAUUUCCUAUUAUUGCUUUACCCCAUGCUAUUAUACAUUGCGGAUUGCUAGGAAUCCCUUUAGUAAUAGUUGUUUUUUUUCUACAAAUUUACACGGCAUCGUUGCUUGGUAAAUCAUGGAUCAUUGCUACUGCGCUAGAUCCACAAAUUUUGCGAAAAAACCGACACCCUUUGGCUGCUGUUACGGAAAUGACUUUAGGAAAAAAAAUGCGAACAUAUGUAACAUUGCUUUUAGAUCUUACAAUAUUUGGCUGUGGGAUUCCUAAUUUACUAGUUGCAUCACAAAAUUUACAAUUGUUUGGAUUGAAAGUAUCAGAUAAUCAAUUCAAUUUAUCAUUCUGCUACUGGCUACUGGUUGUGGGAAUCGUUCUCUGCCCAUUGAUGUGGCUCGGAAGCCCUCGGGAUAUGAAACCGUUGGCUAUUUUUUCAACGAUAGCUGUAACAAUGACAACUGUACUGAUAUGGUGGUGCAUAAUUGCUGAUGAUAGGGCACUAGAUCCAGCACCAAUACCCACAUCACCAACGUGGGAUAAAUUUAUAUCAGGAUACGGCAUGCUGGCAUUUCAAUUCGAUGUUCAUCCGACCUUGAUGACUAUUCAAGUGGAUAUGCGACGUCCUCAACAUAUAAAUAAAGCCGUCGUCUCAGCGUUUCUCGUUAGCGGUUUAUUAUUUGGAGUAACAGCUGGUUUAUCAGCAUGGAAAUAUGCCGGUAGCACAACAGCAAAUAUUUUACAAAUCGCACCAGCUGGACAUGUCAGUCGUGCGGCAAUACUUCUAUCAGCGUUACAAUUAAUUUUUUCAAGUGUCAUAGGACAUGCGGCACUUUUUUUGCAUCUUGAAGAUGAACUUCACGUCCGACGAACAUUUGGAUGGAAACGAUGCGCAAUGAGAUCAGCGGUAGUAUUUCUAGGAGUUGCUGUUGGUGAAUCAGUACCACGUUUCGAUAUCGUCAUGUCUUUAAUCGGAGGUACAUUGACUGGACCUCUGGUAUUUAUUUUACCGCCAAUAAUGUACGCGCGUGCUAAGACUAUGAAAAAUUCUUUCAACAAAUUCAGUACGACCCCAGAUGUAUUUUCCGCAGCUGAACGGCCCUCUGAUGAUGAUGUCAUGUCAGACGAAACACGUGCCCAUUCAAAAUCAACUUACUUUGGUAUCCCGGAAAAUAAAAAAAAUCGUCAGCGCUAUACGUAUGUUUACUACAGUGAUAAUGACGCUCACGGUAAUGAUAAUGACGAUGAUUCGGAAGGUUUACUUUCUGAUGUAGACGAUCGACGUGCGCUAAAAAAAAUUCAACCUCAUAUUUUGAUGAUCGAGCGCAAUAAACCAACGGCGGCAUUCAUCAAUGCGACAAAGCCGGAAAAAAUUCACGCGACAACGAAGUUUCAGUCGUUUAUUAAUAAUAACAAUAAUGAAAAUACAGAUAGCAGAUGUAAAAUUAUUUUCAAACAAUUAAGUAGCUUGUUCGGUUACUUUGUUGUUAUAAUGGGAGUACUUAUCACAAUCUCAGCGACUUAUAUUAAUAUUAAAAAUACGAUUCGGUUUGUUAAGUUCACACCGCCUUGUAUUAUCAAUGCUUCAGUUAAAGCAUCAUAAUUAUAUAACAUAUAGUAUGAGGAUAUAAAUAAAUUGUCGGCAAUUGUUAAAGAACUAUAAUAUCGAAGUUACCCGGCGUCUGAUAAUCAAAAACGAUAAAUUAUUUUAAAAAAUUUUUCAAAAACUGCAUUUAUAAAUUUUUAAAAUUUUUUACAUGUUGACGUGUUGAAAAAAAAAAUCA